GAUUGAUUGCCUCAGCCAGGCUGCGAGCUUUCCACUUGCACCCGUCAUCUCUCGACGGCCUGGUGUGUUUGACCACCUCCCACCACCUCCCGCCCUUCACCUUGACCUCCUUUGCAUCCUCGUCUCAAUCCCUCUGUGUCUCCUCCUAAAUCCAGGAGAUCUAUCCUCUUCAUGUCCGCUUCUUGUUGAGGUUACUCUCACCCCCGAUCUGACCGACUCUUUGCAACCUGCCCGCUGGGUGCUACGGUCAAACCCACCUGACACCGCCUAAUCCAACGUUUCCUUAUCAACCAUCAUGGCUACACCCCAUCCUCACAUAGGCCCCGUUGGUCCCGACACCCUUAUCACGGUCAAGGUCAUCAUCGACGGGACCAACAGAAGAUUCAAACUCGCCCUACGGGAUCUCGGCGCCAACGUGCUUCCCCAAAAGCUCCGAUCCCUGCUUGCCAUCCCCCCCGAGCAAGACGUUCGAUUUGACCGGUUCUCCGACUCUCAGGCGAGGUACAUUACCCUUGAUAGCAACGAUCCUGCCAUCUACAAGCAGCUCUACCGGGCGGCAAAAGCGAAGCUCAAGCUGCGUUUGAGGGCUACUGUUGAGGGGAAGCCUGCAAGAGACAGCCUUGCCCAAGACAUUGACAUGUCCCAAAACAAAUUCACUGUCAAGGACGGUGCUGAUUCCCAGGCUGAGCCGAGGAGCAACUUCCUUGAGACUGUUCUCUCUCAGCCGGUGGGCAACAGCGUGGCACCCUCCUUCAAGGCGUUUCAAAAGACCUGCCAAUACUCUCCCAAAUGUGCCAUUCCAGGCGCCUUUGAUCUCGACGUCAACGGUACGAGCAUGGACCAGGCUGUCAACCCUCCUCAGGGCAAUCAGAGCGACAUGUACAGCCUGCCUACUCUUCCUUCUAUGAACGACUUCCCUGCCACUUCGUACACAAUCGACUGCAACCAUUGUGGCAGGUCUGUUCUAAACGAACACUAUCACUGCGGUAUUUGCGAGGCCGGUGACUUUGAUCUCUGCAAGACUUGCAUUGACGCCGGAGUCACCUGUAACGGGGAUGAGCACUGGUUGCUUAAGCGAACCAUUCAUAAUGGAAUUGUUAUCCCCAGCACUACCGAGACUGUUGCUCCCAAGAAAUCGUCCAAUGCAGCCGCAGGUUCUUCCAGCGAGUUGACCACCCCCAUCAGCCCCGAGCACGAUGAUCCAGUACUCACUUGCAAUUCAUGCAUUUAUCGACUGUCGGCCAGCGAAUGUGUCACUUGUCAGGAUUGUCUCGAAUACGCCCUCUGCUUCUCCUGUUUCCAGGACGGUCAACACGGGCAUGAUCCAUCUCAUACCUUCGAGGCACGAGAGCUCGAUAGAGUGAAGGAUAAUCUGGCCAUCAAAGCUCUGUGCAACCCAGGACGUGGUGUUCGCCACGACGCUAUCUGUGAUGGUUGUGAUCAGCCAAUAUACGGUAUCCGACACAAAUGCCUGUCUUGCCCAGACUUCGAUUAUUGCUCCGUUUGCAUUGACUCUGCCGGUGCGAAACACCCCUUGCACCGCUUCGUGCCCAUUUGCGUGCCUAUCAAGACUCUGCGCACCACCAAGCCGACCCAUCGUGGCAUCUAUUGCGACGGACCACUUUGCACAUCCUACAAGCGUUACAUCACUGGUGACAGGUACAAGUGCGUUGUCUGUCACGAUACCGACUUCUGCGCAAACUGCGAAGCCUUGCCCAACAAUGGGCAUAAUGCAUCACAUCCUUUGAUCAAGAUUAAGCUGCCCAUCCGACAUGUGUCAAUCACCACUCAACAAGAGAACGAACACGGCCAAAAAGUCGCCCAGAUGGGCGACCGACCAACGGCAAAGAAUGCGGCUACCGAGACCACCCCAUCUGCCUCAGCCAACGCUGCCACUCAGGUCCAGACUGUUGCUGAGGUGGACCCUGUUGAAACCACCCCAAUGGUUGAGGUUGCUAAGGCGAACGAUGCCACCUCUGUGAAGCCGAACACGAGCGACCUUCAAGCCUGGUAUGUUACAGAUUCGACUCCAGACGGCACGAAAGUUGCCCCCAACCAUUUUGUCUCUCAAUCCUGGACCUUGCGCAACCCUGGCCCUGAAGCCUGGCCCGCCGGCUGCGCCGUCUACUACAUUGGUGGUGAUGAUAUGCGAAAUCUCGAUAUUCUUCACCCCUCCAGCAUAAGCACGAUGACCAUGGCCAACCGCAGCAAUGUCUUGGGAGCUCCUGUCGAACCUGGCAAAACGGCAGUCUUCACAGUUCUCCUGAAGUCGCCCACUCGUGAAGGACGAGCCAUUUCUUACUGGCGUCUCAAGACCCCGGGAGGAAUCCCUUUUGGCCACAAGCUCUGGGUUGACAUCGAGGUUCGUGCGACUCCUGUUGAGCUGCCUAUCCGGUCGCAUAUCCUACCUCCUGCUCCUGUCACGGUGGAGACACUCAGUGAGACAGGGGAGGAGAAUGACCAGUCCCAAGCUAGCUCGACCAUGAUCUUUCCCAAGCUAGAGAAGGAGUCGCCCAUCUCCAGCGUGCAUGACGUCCGUGAAACACGGGUCGAAGAAGCUCCGGCAGCCGUGAUGGAGCCCACCAUCAAGACAGAAGAACACGAACUUCUCGAGGACGUCGAGAGCCUCGAGCUCGAGGAGUCCGAUAGUGACGAAGGCGGUUUCUUGACAGACGAAGAGUACGACAUUUUGGAUGCCAGUGAUGAGGACCUGCUGAUGGACGGACAAACACACGUGGGCAAAUGAGCGCACAGGACGGUUGGUGCUGCCGCGUUUGUACAGACAUGGCUACCGAACAACGGCAAUAGGAGGGAUGCGCAAUAUGGAAGCUACGCAGGUGGUAGGCACAGAAUGAAAGCAAAACAAACACUGUCAAGGACUAUGCGAGCCGGGUCAGGUGGGCUUUUUUGGAUCAAGCUGAAUUGGGGGCGUGAGUGAAGGAGUGUAUGCGGGGAAUGUCCAAGUACUUCGAUCUUUUCUCUUUCUCUUAGUGACCAGGCAGAAUUAUCACAGCCAUCCAACGGCUCUCUCCUUUGACCUUGAACCGUCAUCAGAGGUACCUAUGAUGCCUAAGAUCCAGCCUAGCCCAACAGCAGUACGAGUUGCAUCCAAAGUACUUCCUCACGGGCUCGAGACUCCUUCAAUCGUGGUGUCAAGAGUCGAACGACAACGGCGGCGAGGAAUUUUGCGGUAUGUAUCACGGAGAGGUGCCCCGACGAUGGCAGCGAAUCAAGCAGACGAGCCGUGUCGUCAUGGUAAUUGAAGCAGACGA